AUGCUACGAUUCUCGUGUUCGCAGUUGGUUGUCGAACGCCUUGACCCGUUGGUGACUCCGGGUCUGAAUCCAUCUCCACAUCUGCACCAGGUUAGUUCAUCCAACACGUUCAACACCUCCAUGGACCCCUUGAACGACAUACCCGGCAUGUCGACAUGCACAAGCUGCACCUUCUCCGAAGACUUCAGCAACUACUGGACCGCAGUGCUCUACUUCCGCGCGCGAAACGGCACCUUCAAGCGCGUGCCCCAAAUGUCGAACCUCUUCCUCGAGGGCGCGACGGGCGGGCAGACAGUGUAUUAUAUCCCGCCGUAUGACGGCGUAACGAACGUCACGGCUUUUCGACCGGGCUUCCGUAUGACAGUCGGCGAUCCCAUGGCUAGGACGGAUCGAGGAAAUGCAGAGUCGAGACAAACGAGCUUCCGCUGCUUUGGUCCAAACUGGGAGGGUGGUGAGGGGCCGCCGGGGCUGGGGAAUGAUACGAGACAUUUCCCUGCGAAGCCGUGUUUGGGUGGGAUCAGGUCGAACAUUUUUUUCCCUACAUGUUGGGAUGGCGUAAAUCUGGAUAGUCCGGACCACAAAAGCCACGUUGCGUUUCCUGCCAACGGCUCCUUCGAAAUGGGCAGUGCGUGUCCGGAAAGUCACCCUGUUAAGAUACCCCAGCUCUUCUACGAGAUCAUGUGGAACACGACUGCAUUCAACAACCCCGACGAGUGGCCUGAAGACGGGAGCCAGCCAUUCGUGUUCAGCACUGGCGAUGCAACUGGCUACGGGCAACACGCCGACUACGUAUUUGGAUGGCAGGGAGAUGCGCUGCAGCGGGCGAUGGACGCGCGGUGCUCUGUAGACUGCACGGGUGUGUUGAAGUCGCAGAAGAGGAGCGUGGCGAAUGAGUGCACGAAGGCAGUGCAGGUCCAGGAGGAAGUCGAUGGAUGUAAGUAUUCAAGUUCGGCGUUUUGAGAGAUGGAGAACAGGAGCUGACGGGUGCAACAGGGCUGGAGAAACUGCCGGGCGAGAAUCCGAUUACGUGGACGGAGGGUUGAGGCAGUCCUGAGAUGCGUUCGAAUGCAGAGGGAAGUCACACUCAUCCGAUUCUCCGGGCGAGCUUCGAUGUUGUGUUCUUUCGGUUGAUCAAUUGAAGUGUUGCGUGAUGAUCUCUCAGACUUAGACGGAGCACGAGCCUAGUGAAUGCCUCGCACGGGUGGCUGACGGGUAGCAGCACGAUGGAGGUGAGGCUACGCUAGUGGAAAUUUGGUGGCGUUGGUGGUGCGAACGGUUUGCCUCUCUGUGAGCGCUUUGGCUUCAUCUGAGCGCAGAGGACGGUGUCAAGGCGGCCUAAUUGAGAAAGGCAGAGGUGACGGCUCUAAAUGUUGAACUGGCCAAAUGGGUC